GAAAACGUGCUCUAAAUCCUCGGCUUUAGCAUGUCAGACAGAACCAGUCGUUCAACGGAGCGCCAGGCAGUAGGUCUUGACUGUUUGUGCAAAUGUGAGAGGAAGUCAGAUGUGUUAACGUGGUAGUCACCCGGUGUACAAGCUGCUGUACAGCUGCCUCCAUCUGAGUGCGACUUCCCGACCGGCUCGGCGGCCACUGUUGCUAUUUAACUGGCUAACCAGCUAGCUAACCGUAACCCGAUAACUCUGCCAGUUUCAAUUGCGGGGAAAGUGGGGCCUCCGGUUACGACUUGUUUUUACAUCUGCACCCGGAGAGCUUAACAUCUCGUUUUGUAUUCCGAAGCAACAUCUUGUUGAGAUGGACAACCUGAGUGGUGCCCUCGAGAAGCUGAAGCUUGUGUCCACAGACAGUGCCACUGACAGCGUGGAGAGCUGUCUGGACUGCAUGCUGAAAGCCCUCGCCAACAACAACACUGAGGCCAGUGUGAAGAUCCAGGAGAUGGGCGUUCUCCCCCUGCUCCCCACCUUGCUACGCCCCCAGUCCUCCUGCACCCCUAAAGUGGCCAACAUCAUAGCCGAGCUGGCCAAAAAUGAGUUCAUGCGGAGUCCCUGCGUGGAAGCCGGCCUCAUCCCUCCUCUAGCUCAACUGUUAAACUCCAGCAACCAGGAGGUUCUGCUGCAGACUGGCCGAGCACUUGGCAACAUCUGCUAUGACAGCCAUGAGGGCAGGAGUGCAGUUGACCUGGCAGGAGGGGCUCAGAUAGUAGCUGAACACAUUAAAUCCCUCUCCCAAAAUACUGAGCCGGAAAAUGAGAAGCUCUUGACUGUCUUUUGUGGCAUGCUGAUGAACUAUAGCAAUGAUAAUGAUUCCUUACAGGCUCAGCUGAUCAAUAUGGGUGUGAUUCCCACUCUGGUGAAGCUGCUAGGCAUCCAUUCCCACAACACGGCCUUGACGGAAAUGUGUCUUAUUGCCUUUGGGAAUUUGGCUGAACUUGAGUCCAGCAAAGAGCAGUUUGCAUCUACCAAUAUUGCUGAGGAGCUGGUGCGUCUUUUCCAGAAGCAGUCCGAGCACGAGAAGAAGGAAAUGGUUUUUGAGGUUCUGGCUCCACUUGCAGAAAAUGAUGUAAUAAAGCUCCAGCUGGUGGAGGCAGGUCUGGUGGAGUGUCUCCUGGAGGUGGUGUCCCAGACUGUAGAUGGAGAGAGGGAGGAGGACGUCGCCCAGCUCAAGACUGCCUCUGACCUCAUGGUUCUCUUGCUGCUAGGGGACGAGUCCAUGCAGAAGCUGUUUGAGGGAGGAAAGGGAAGUGUCUUCCAGAGGGUCCUGUCCUGGAUUCCGUCUCAUAACCACCAGCUGCAGCUUGCUGGGGCUCUGGCUAUUGCCAAUUUUGCUCGCAACGAUGGAAAUUGCAUCCACAUGGUGGACACUGGAAUCGUGCAGAAGCUUCUGGAGCUGUUGGACCGUCAUGUUGAGGAAGGCAACGUCACCGUUCAGCAUGCAGCACUUAGCGCCCUGCGGAACCUGGCCAUUCCCGUGGUAAACAAAUCCAAGAUGCUGUCAGCUGGAGUAGCAGACGUGGUGUUGAAGUUUUUGCAAUCUGAGAUGCCUCCAGUCCAGUUUAAGCUGCUUGGGACGUUACGCAUGCUCAUCGAUACACAAGCCGAAGCCGCAGACCAGCUGGGAACCAAUGGGAAGCUAGUGGAGAAGCUAGUGGAGUGGUGCGAGGCCAAAGAUCACGCCGGGGUGAUGGGCGAGUCCAACAGGCUCCUGUCAGCCCUCAUUCGACACAGCAAGUCCAAGGAAGUUGUCAGAACUGUCAUCCAGGGAGGAGGAGUUAAGCACUUAGUUACCAUGGCAACCAGUGAGCAUAUGAUUAUGCAGAAUGAAGCACUGGUGGCGUUAGGUCUCAUAGCAGCGCUGGAUUUGGUGGCAGCAGAGAAGGACUUUGUCGGGGCCAGCCUGGUGUCUGUGCUUCACAAGCUGCUGUCAGACGAGAGAAGUGCACCAGAGAUCAAGUACAACUCCAUGAUCCUCAUCUGUGCAGUCAUGGGCUCAGAACCCCUCCACAAAGAGGUCCAGAGCCUGGCCUUCAUUGACGUGGUGUCCAAGCUGAGGGCCCACGACAACAAAACGGUCUCCCACCAGGCGUCCCUCACAGAGCAGCGAUUAACUGCCCAGAGCUAAAUGACUGUCCCACCCGGCCCACAGGCCAUCCACCCAAACCGCCUGCCUGACCCACCUGAUCACCCAGUGACCCCCCAUGAAUGCCCUUCCCUCUGUGCCCCGUGGUCAUGUGCCAAGGUACCAUGUCGCGUUAGCUGCCAGCCAAGACCUGAUCAUGUCUCUGCCCCCCGUCCCCUGCGACUGAUGUGGAUCUAUCAUAUAACAUUUUUCUACUGUCAUUUCGUUUUGAAUUACAACAGUUCACCUAGAGUUGGAAAGCCUCUGAAACGGGUUUAAGACUUGUCUAGGACACCAUCACUCUCCCCUGAGAGCUAUAAUAAUGAGCUCCUUAACAAAGCCUCACCCCUUAAACGCUCAAUGGACACAGUUGAGUUCCUGGUCUCCCUGCAUUGGUCCAUCCCCAGGCCCCCGGUCGACUUGUGCAUGCAUCUACUGUUUCAAAUAGCUGAGGCUCCAUAAACAGCUUAACGCAAUAGAUAAGAGACAACACUCUUUUACGACCAUAGCUGUGAGACCAUCUACCGGUAACCCACCAGUGACAAAAUGUGCACAAAAGAACAAAAAAAAGACUUCCUGUUGUGAUUUUUCCUGUGUUGGCAGCCAUCCAUGAUGUGCCCCAUCGUGUUCCAUGUAGCUCAAGUAUAAAUGAAUAGAAGCUGUGCAUGUUUUAGUCCUGUUCAAGGUGUGACUGUUCAUUCAACACCUCUACUGCUAGCAUAGUCCUAAAGUCCAGCCUCCACUCACACCUUCAGUCUUACACUUUUUUGCACUUGUUUACAACUCGGAUCAAGAGAGUUUAAGAUUUUAAUUUCCCAGUUGCACAUUCCCUCCGCUCCAGCAUCUGUACGGCGAACUCCACCCCAUCCCUGAAAGAACCAGGUGACGCAAAUGUAUUAAAGUCUACCUUCAGUCCGCUCGAGUUCAGCUACUCAUCCAACCUGAAAUCCCCAAAUAAUAAACUGGAAAUAUAACACAAUACCUAACAAGUGAAAUCAUCAACCGGGAGCUCUGCUAGCUCUCAUCCAACACAUUCCAAUAGUUGGACAUAAUAUGUUGUAAAUACAAACUCCCCAAGGACAAUACUGGCUAUUUGCAAAGUAACAACAAAACAUGCAAUUUAGCCUGAAAAAGAGGUUUCUUCAAUCAAAGUCAAUACAGUCCAUGUAGAAUCACAGAUGUCGUACGUUUCACAUCGACGGUAUUGACUGGAAUUCAAAAGAUAAAAUCAUGUUUUGGUUGCUUAGUGCCUACCGGUCAUUUUUUUCCCUGGUUAUAGUUGGUAAGCAGGUCACCUCUCCACAUCUGUCCAAUCGGUGCACGGCUGUUUUCACACCACUUUGACUCCCUGUGUACCCACAUCUCUAAAGAUGAACGUUGUGUUUGCAGCACUGAAGACAAACUCCCAAAAAUAUCAAUAGACGAUCUAUUUGGUAAACUAUUUUGUUAAUGGGCAUGAAAUGGUAGGAUAAUCUAUGAAGAGCAGCCAAGAACAGGACAAUCAACACAAGACUAAGAAUUCUAAAAGUAGACUGGAGCACUCCAGCCUGAGAUCACUCUGUGAGGAACACUUGUAACACACAAUAGAGCCCCAAAAGAAGUCCUAAACCACUAGUGGGAUUCUUCUGUAUGAAAUAAAGUGUGCGUGCGUGUGUAUGUGCGUGUGUGUGUGUUGUGGAGCCCAGUCUGAAUGCAGACACGGUUUCCCCACAGGUGUGUGUGUGUGUGUGUGUGUGUGUAUAUAAAUGACAGUUGCUUGUUCUACACGUCAGCACAUCACCCUGUUUACGGAUUUGCUUUUUCUUUUUUUUAAAAGUAUGAAUGGUUAUUUAUCAGAUUUGUGCUCUUUCUUAAGACACAUGCCUGUGGAGAUGUAUCCAUAGUAACUACAUAAAAUCCUAUAAACGUAAGUGUUUGUUGUAAAUGUCAUGAGUUGUACAUUUGGAGGAUUGUAACUCAGCAGAUAAUAAAAAGAUCAUAACUGGU